UCGCGCGUUUCGCGGAGCUUCCUGGGAAAGGUAGUCCCUUGUGCCCUGAGGGCGCCGUUGCCCGUGGCGAGGCGACAACUACAAAUCCCACAAGGCGAGGCGGCGUUCCCUCCCUGCUGUUGGGAAAGCGCGCGGCGGCGGGCCUGCGAAGAACAUGGCGUCGAGAUUGAGCGGUGCUGGCGGUGGCGAUAACCGGCUGGUGUCGCUGCCUUUGUCCCGCAUCCGGGUGAUCAUGAAGAGCUCGCCCGAGGUCUCCAGCAUCAACCAGGACGCCAUUUUCCUCACCGCCAAAGCGACGGAGCUGUUUGUCCAGUACUUAGCCACACAUUCCUACAAGCAUGGCCAAGGCAAGGAGAACAAAGCCCUAACUUACAGUGACUUAUCCCGCACAGCAGAGAAGUCUGAGACCUUUCAGUUCCUUGCAGAUAUCUUACCAAAGAAGAUCUUGGCUAGCAAAUAUCUGAAAAUGCUUGAGAGAGAAAAAGGAGAUGUAGAAGAGGAGGAGGAGGAGGAAGAAGAAGAAAGUGAAGAUGAAGAAGCAUCUUGAAGGUGUUAAGUGACUGGACUUGUGCUUGUUACAUAAACAUUGACGACUUGCAUUCCUGUAGUGUACAUAUGGGUUGAAAACUGAAUGAGUAGAUUCCCAAAGUCCUUGAACUGCAUGUUGGCUCUACAGUCAUUUGCAAAAGACACAAACAUUUGUUUUUCCUCCAAAUUAUAGUUUUGUUGGAUGACUGCUAAUCACAUGCCAGAUGUUCUUGUCCUGUGGAUGGUGCAUGACCAGUACAGAGGUUUUAUUAACUGCCCAUAUUGGGCAACUGUAAAAAGCGCAACUUUUUUAUGAGGCAAAAACUAUGUCUCUCUUUCCUUAUGAGUUAAGGAAACAAGGGCUUUCCUGGAACCCUUAGAAGGGAACAAUUCAAUGAACAACUUUUAUUGAGACUAACCUGGCUUCUAUCAUGACUAUUUAGUGCUGUUGGGAACAAAAAAAUGGGGAAGCCAGGUUUCAAUUCUCAAUUCCUACUUUCAAAGACAGUAUAUUACAUGAUUUAAAAAAUUCUGCUGCCUCAUGUAAAUAUGUAUAUUUAGAAGGGCUGUUAAGUAUAGAGUGAUAGUAUGUAGCUGACCAGCAUUGGUAUUUUUUAAAAUAUGAAACUUGUACAGCAGGACUCCUUCCUAUUUGAGUGGGAGAGCUAACAUUUGUUAUGGUAGAAACUUGGUCAAUACUUGUGAUUAUAUUUUAUAAAAAGCACAUGAAUUGAA